AAGCGUUGUUUUUAGGAUACAGAGAGUAGCUAAAAAGAAAAGAAAAGAAGAAGGAUCAUAGCUUGGUGGAGCUUCCUCAGAGGAACAAAUCUGACCCUGAAAUUCGGUAGAAAUGUUUGGAAAUUUUAGAGAAAGACUUCACCUGGUCCAACAGGACUUCUCAACCAGUUUCAGCUGAUGAUCACGUGACGCGCAAGCUCAUACAAUGACGUCAUCCCCAACCCUGUACGAGUCUUGCGGCUGAAACCCUGGUGCAUUAUGUUUCAAGACGCUGGGAGACAUGUCAAAAGAGACCAAAAUCAAGAGGAAAUCCAGGUUGGAAGAAGGUUUUCCAUUUUUAGGUGCUGGACUUGACAUUUUGAAUAGGUUUGAGAAGAGUUGGUUUCUGCUCCAUAAAAGAACCAAAGCCUGUUCCCAGACAGCAGAGUCUGUGGAUGGUGACAUAGUGAUGCUGUCAGCACACUGGGAGAGGAGAAAAGCUGCUCUGACACACCUACAAGAACAACUGCAAAGCCUACCAGAUUUCAUCACAGAACUUGAUGCCAUUACUGCUAACAUAGCUCAACUAGAAGGUGAAUUUGCAGAGAUGGAGAGCAGACUGCUGCAUCUGGAAACUCUGUGUUGUCAGUGUGAGCAACAGACUGUAAAGAAUCAUCAUAUGAGUCAACUUGAAGAAUAUAAAAAGAAAAAAAGGAAGGAGGCAGAUUUACUGGAAGCUGAAUUGAAGUGUGAGCAUGCUCAGAGAGUGGCACAGAUGGAGCUGGUUAUGCAGCAGAAGCUGCGAGAGCGACAGAAGGUCUACGAGGAAGCCUUCAACCAAGACGUAGAGAAGUAUCUGUCCACUGGAUGCCUACAGGGCAAAGAGUCUGCAGGGGUCGAUGUGGCUGUUCUGGAUCAGAUGACCUUUAUUAACGUAUCAGACCUGGAGGCCCUGGAUGAUUUUCUUAAUUCUACUGGUGAAGAUUCCAGUUGUGGAUCCUCUCUGACAUCAGGUCCAGACCUGAAUUCUUCCUCUUUGGAGUCCUUGAAUCAAGCUCCUCCCAUAAACAGCAGUCAGUCAGACCAGGCUGCAGAGAGGCAGCAGGAGGAGCCACUGGUUCAGUCAGAUGAGGAGGAUGUCCAAGCAGACAUGUCUCUGGCUGCUGUGCAGGAUGUUGGCACAGCGUGGGACUCUGAUGAGAGCGAUGGAGCAGAUCCACUAAUGGAAAAAGCUCAAAAUUAAAGAACUGCAGCUCAGUAAUCAGUAGAAGAAUUUAGUUCCUGUAAACCUUUUGUUUCUGUGUCCCUGCUCUAACAGCUGAUUCAUAUAACUGGCUUAGCUCCUUUGGGAAUGACUGAUUAAAGUGUGUUAAAGAAAAGGAGAGAUUAAAACUUGUAUAAUAAUAUUCUACUAAUUUGAGAACAGAGAGACUUGAAAGAUUUUACAGCUGUUAAAGAAAUGCUAUGGAGUGGACCUUCAUUGUUUACAGAGUUAGACUUUCAGAGUUGGUCAAUUUUACAGUGAGUUUUGUUCCAGUCAGCUGAGCAGUCUGCCAGAUCAGCCCUCUGCAGCUGCACCAAGAUGGAGGAAAUUUUGGGUUCAACUGUUGGGGCUAAUAAUUUCACAGAACCUCACAUCAAAAAACCUUUAAGAAGAGUUGUUUUGCUAACAGUAUAGCAUGACAGCAUGUUGCGUCACUUGAUUAGACAUUCCUUUAGGACACAGGUCUCAAACUCCAGUCCUCCAGUCGCUGUCCUGCAGGUUUUAGAUGAGCCACAGGUCCAAAACACUGGAAUGAAAUGUGUUAAUGACCUCCUCCUGGUGUAGAUCAGUUCUCCAGAGCAUUAAUGACAUCAUUAUUCUAUUCAGGUGCUGCAGCAGAGACGCAUCUAAAAGAUUCAGGACAGCGACCCUCCAGGACUGGAGUUUGAGACCCCUGCUCUCUGUAAACAGGCAUCUGAAGCAAAGCUGUCUUUGUGUUAAAUAUUUGUAAUGAAUUCACUUGAACCACAAAGGUGUAUGGGACUUAAUUUGUCUUAGAAAUGAGUGUUUAAACAGGCUCUGCUUUGAGUAGCAUUUAAUCUUCACCUGUCCAAUAAAACUGAUUCUCCAAACUCAAA